AUGCUCUUUCUAAAUAUUUUCUCUCCAGCUCUGUUCUCAAGAGCUUCUAUAGCUACCACCGGCGGAGCCUUCAAUCUUCCCAUAUCAAUCCCCUGCAAAACUCUGAAGAGAGUUAAUGAAGAUCACAAAGCAGUUCAAGAAAGGAUACGAAGCAUUGAAGAAAGGUCUUUUCUUGACAGGUCUACGACCAAUGGGGGAAACACUAUCUCAUGGGAUGAUCCCAGGGGAAACACCAAUCCACCACCCAAACCACCUGAGCAGGGGUCUUUCAAUAAUCAGCGAAGUAAACCAGCUACCACCACCAGAGGAGGAAAUAGGCGUGAGAAUUGGAAGAUGGGGGAAGCAAGAGUUAAUGCACUGCCAAGGUUAGUCAGAGCGACACAAAGAAUUUACUGCCUCAAAGCACCUGAGAUAGAGACAGGGGAAUGCUACCCAGCAAUCAUAAGUGCCCAGAAGCAUCAAUGCACAGAGAGGAACAAGGAAGGCAGUAAAUGCACUGAGCAAAUCUGCCGGCCGAGAUCUUCACGAAAGGUACAGGUGGAAGGAGUAAUUGCCAACAGCAAAGAUAGAGCGGCUGCUAGCUUUUGCCAUAAAUGGCAAGCAAAAGGUUGCACGGCAGGAGGGUCGAUCGGAGAAGGGGGCAGCAAGAGGCAAUCAAUGCACAAUGGUAUCUGUGAGCCAAUAUGA